UUAUUUAAUCAAACACAAUUCUCACAUUCACAGUCAGUCACAAACCUUGCAACCGAAAAAAAGAUAACCAGAACCAGCCAUGGAAUUGGAAGAUCAAAGCAACACCAAAACGAAGAAAGCUCUUCUAAUUCUCAACUGUAUCCUUCUAUCCAUCGGAAACUGUGGCGGCCCACUAAUCAUGCGCCUCUAUUACAUCCACGGCGGCAAACGCAUUUGGCUUUCCAGCUGGCUUGAAACCGGUGGCUGGCCGAUCAUGCUCAUCCCCAUCACCGUCAAUUACUUUCGCCGCCGGAAAACCGCCUCCGCGACUGAAGGCACCACCAAAUUCUUCCAGAUAAAACUUCCCCUGUUCUUGGCCUCUGCUCUCAUCGGCCUUAUGACCGGCUUCGACGACUACCUUUACGCCUACGGCCUCGCUCGGCUUCCUGUUUCGACCUCGGCUUUGAUAAUAGCUUCUCAGCUGGCUUUCACGGCCGGUUUCGCUUACCUUCUGGUGAGGCAGAAAUUCACGUCGUAUUCGGUAAACGCCAUCGUUUUGCUGACGGUUGGAGGGGCAGUUCUGGCUUUGCAUACGAGUGGGGAUCGUCCCAAGGGCGAAUCCAAUAAGGAAUAUGUAAUGGGGUUUUUGUUUACGGUCGGAGCUUCUGCUCUGUACGGAUUCGUGUUGCCGUUGAUGGAGUUGACGUACAAGAAGUCAAGGCAGAGUAUCACUUAUUCUUUGGUUUUGGAGAUUCAGAUGGUUAUGUCUCUUUUUGCUACCAUUUUCUGCACCGUCGGGAUGUUGAUUAACAAAGACUUUCAGGCUAUUCCAAGAGAAGCAAGAAAGUUCGAGCUUGGGGAAACUAUGUAUUAUGUGUUGCUUGUAGUGACCGGCAUCACAUGGCAAACUUUCUUUUUGGGAGCAAUAGGAAUCAUAUUCUGUGCCUCAUCUUUGCUAUCAGCCAUUGUAAUUGCUGUUCUACUACCAGUAACAGAGAUAUUAGCUGUUAUAUUCUACAGUGAAAGCUUCAAAGCUGAGAAAGGUGUUUCUCUUGUGCUCUCUCUUUGGGGAUUUGUCUCAUAUUUCUACGGUGACAUUAAACGUGCCAAGAAAAAGAAGCCGCAAAACCCAGAAACAGAAAUUCCCACUCCAAUUGCUGGUCCAUGAUGGGCAAAGAUUAUGUUUAAUUUUCUUAUUUUAAAGAUGAUUUAACAUGUUUGACAGUGGUUUUUAUCACUGGUUUGCCCCCACAAUAAUUUGUGGUUUAGCCUGUUGUACCAUUGGUGUAGAAUCUGUAAUAUUAAUAGGGAUAUUGUCCUGCUAUAUUAAAAGAGUGAAAGGGCAAGGGAAAAAAAAACAAAAGCCGCUAAUGUGGCUUUACGUAGUUUAGAUUCAUGAUUUGGAAUAUGAAUAUAUGUUUAAUAAAAUUUUAAUGAUUGAUCUUGUUUGUCCCAA